AUGCCACCGGUUCAGAACAUACAGUAUCAACAACAGCAGCCUUCGAACUUUGACAAGUUCAAGAUGGGACUUAUGAUGGGUAGCACCGUUGGAGUCGUCACUGGCCUCAUGUUUGGUGGCAUGACUAUCUUAAGGCAUGGAGCACCUAACGGAGUGAUGAACACGCUGGGCCAAUACAUUCUCGGUUCAGCAGCUACCUUUGGAUUAUUCAUGUCAAUUGGAUCUGUGAUCAGGUCGGAGAGCGCUUACGACGUCGCGGUGAGUCGGCCAGGGUCUCUAGCCGAGCUCAAGGCGCAUAUGAUGGCCAGACACCGAGUCAUCAUGGAACAAAACAAGAACAACUCUCAAUAG